CAGCUACUUCCUUCUCUUCCCUCUACUCACUGCUCCCCUGAGUCCCCUCUCGCUCAGAGAGAGAGAGAGCUAUGCAGGCUUACGGCUACCUAGUGUUGUGCCCUACCUCCUUCGACGGUGGUGGCUGUUCCAAAUUGAUUGUCCCAUGGUCCUGGCCCUCUUCCCGUUUGCGCCCUCGAUUUUCAGCUUCUGCCACCGUCGACGGCCGCCGGAAUCACUACGACGUGCUGGGCGUCUCACCAAAUGCUUCCUCCAUAGAGAUUAAGAGGGCUUUUCGUCUCCUCGCUCUCAAGUAUCAUCCUGAUGUUAACAAGGAAGGAGGAGCUAAUGAGGAUUUCAAGAGCAUCCGACUUGCCUAUGAUAUACUGAUUAAUGAAACAACAAGAACUGAAUAUGAUAGAGCCCUCCAUCAUCAUCAAAGUACCAGAAGGCCUUUGGGAGAUGAAUGGACCAUAAAUCCUGAAUAUGAGGAUGGGUUAAAGUUCUAUAGAUGGGCUUAUCUGAGGCGUAAAAUGCAACGGGAGAAAUAUUGGGAGCAAUAUCAUGCUAGGGAAGAGAAGUUUUCACCAUAUGAUGAUGCUGAUGAGGUGUCCGAGGAAGAAAACCCAGAUGAGGAGAGAGGCUCCUUCAUCGAGGUGCUAAAGUCAGCAUUCCUCUCUCUGUUUCUGAUGCAAACAGUAGGCAUCCGGCCAUCUCUCACAUUUAGUAGCCUUAUGGCUUUGAGUGACCGGAAAUUGGAUGCAGGAUAUAAGUUGGGUUUUUUAUUUGCAUGGAUAUUGGGAGGGAGGGCAGGCAUUUUGCUUACAAUGUUCCUAACUUUUGCAAGUUGGGUUUGUGGCAAAACAAGUAGCAGUGUUGUCGCUUUGGUAGUUGUUGCCAUGUGGUUUGGUUCAAAUCUUGCAAGGUAUGCUCCAUUACCCCAAGGUGCUGUUCUCACUCUUUUGUAUAUGUCAAUCAAGCUACAAGCUGAUCUAACCUGAAUCUGGUGGCUGCUACUGCAGUGUGUAAGGGUUACUAGUGCUUCAAUUCCAUGAGAUAUUUGUCAUUCUUUUCUGUUUUGUAAAUGUGUAUUCCACAGAAGUAGAGGGAAACAUCUGUAUAUCAUGUUAAACUAAGUUUGGUAAAGUGAGAUGAAUACUGUGUCUGUUAGGUAGAA